AAAUAAACGGCCCAGCGCCAAGCAGACAUUCGUGAAUAAACAGGAUAUUCAUUUACGCUGUCAGAAGAACUAUCAACGAAGCCAACUAAUAAACAAUAAAAAGGUCCUGAAUGAAAUGCAGUGUCUAAAGUUAGAACUGUGAGAGUGAAGUUUCUGGUGGAAAUUGGCCCUCCAAAGAUAAACUGCUGAAAAUCCAAGACUGUAGCUGGAAUGGAGAACAAAACCAAUGGAUCAGUGGAAGCCAAGCCUAAGGUGGAGAAUGGCCAGCUGCCGGAUCCUGCAGACUGGGCAGUUACUGAUGUCGUUAACUAUUUCAAAGCUGCAGGAUUUCAAGAGCAGGCUACUGCUUUCCAGGACCAGGAAAUCGACGGAAAGUCUCUGCUUCUGAUGACGCGGAACGAUGUCCUAACAGGCCUGUCCAUCAAACUGGGUCCAGCACUGAAGAUCUACGAGUACCAUGUGAAGCCACUCCAGACCCAGCAUCUGAAGAGUAAUGCUAAUGCAUCAUAGCAUCACUCCAUGCUCCUCCAUGUGCAACAGGACAGUCACCUAUGGAGGAGGGGUGAGAGGCUGUACGGACAGACCAGGCCGAAGACGUUUAUGGACAGCAGAGGAUGAUGGUGCUUAGAAAACUUAUUUGCAUCCUUAUGCAAAGUCAAUGUUCUUUUACUUGAAGUGAUGACCGAUGCCAAAUGGUGUGCGCCGUGAAGUUAAUUUACAAAGACAUGGCAGUGAUCAUACUGUUUUUAGUUAACGGAGUGAUGGUAUUGGUUUAUGAAAGUAAACAAGGACUUGAAUCCUUUAUUUGAAUAAAAAAUGAUUUUUUUACAGGUCUUACAAAGUACAUUGUAAUAUAAAAUAUUCUAAUCAAGCUUGCUGCUGAAGCAAAUUCAACCGAAUUGAUUUAUUUAGGGGAUGGUCCUUUUCAUAUGGACGCAAAGGUGCACUAGAUGUCUGACUUGCUGAUAAAUGUCCUAACCUUGUCUUAUUGAUAUUUUCAGUAUAUACAAACUUUUGAACACAGUUUGAUUUCAGAUAAGAUUGCAUGGUAAUUAGUUGGAGGAAAUGUACGUGUUUGCACCAUAGUCUUAGAAUUACUGUUCCUCCAUCACUGUGAAUUUUUUCCCUAAUAAGCCACUAUGAAUAUUACAUGAUCAAAUCUGUAUCUUUAAGCAUUAUGUACUUCAAUGAUCUAGUUAAAGUGAUACUUCGGGAACUUUUGUUAAAUUUCAGCCUGUAGUUUUGAAAGUGGUGCUUACAAGCCAAAACGGGUCCCCGUUUUGGGUACUACGUCAUCCAUUUCAUAUAUGUUACGAAUUUGUUGUGCUUAAGAUCCUGGACUGGAUCUUUAAGCACUUGGGGGUGGGGAAUAUAGGUUAAUAAUUGUUCUUCGAUUUCCUUAAUUACCAUAUUAAGACCAUAUUCUUUCAUCUUAAAAGGAUGUAUUUUUAGAAAUUGUUUUGGAUAUGAAUGUUUUUAUCAAAAGUGGUACUCUUUCCCUUUGUAUUGUUAAGGUGCUCUGUUUGCAUUCUGUUAUGAAAUAAACAACUUGCAUCUUUAAUGAUUUGAGAUACCACUAUUAGUCCGACCCAAGAACGAUUAGUAAAUACAAUCAUGUAGUAGAGAAAGAAGAAUGUUUUAAUUUCUAAAUACAAAAAGUCAAGAUCAAUGAUGAAUAAAAUAGAAAAGGCACAAUAAUUUACUUGAAAACCACCCUGUGCCAUGAAAAAUAAACCUCAUCAUUUCCUCUAAGGUAGUUUGCUGAAAAUAGAUGGCAAGUCUUCCUGACAUGUUAUUCUACACUUCAUGAGAGUCUGUGGCAGUGGAAUGCCGUGGGCAAUGAGGAGCAGUGUUGAGGUCAACUUUUUCCCUGUAGCAUCAAAAUGAAGGCC